UCAACCGGAAGUGUAAUAAUUGCUGUGCCGUUAGUCUUGUAGCCGCAUAAGCUUUCGCAGUUUAAUUGCGAUGGCAGUUGCACAGCCUACAAUGUCUAAGUUCCAAUACCUAAGGACGUUUGUCAACGACCGACUGACUGCUGCCGCUGAAGAAAUAUUUGGUGUCUUUGAGAAAACCAUCGUCGCCUACGAAGAGGAAAUGAAUCGUCAGUUAAGACUUCUCGAUGUCGUCUGCAAACCUGUUAAUUCACAGAGAACAGGGUCUCCACAACAGAGAUUGUGUUCCCAGGAGAGCAUAUCCAAUGUGGAGCAGGGCCUCCAAGAAACCUCACAAAUUAAAGUGGAACAAGAGGAACUUCUAGAUGAAGAGCAUCUUCUCAUAAAGCAGGAGGAUUACUUCUCAAAUGGUGAACCCCUUGGAGUCUGGCCGCUUGUUUUGGGUUGCGAGCAGAAUGAAAGUGAAGCCGAUAAAGACGCUACAUCUCAGAGGUUACAAUCAGAAUCGGAGAGCGGAGACUUUGGUGCGUCAGGACCAAACCGUGAUCAUCCAGUGCUAUUUCGUGGCUAUUAUCCAGAAAAUAAUGAGGAUGACAUCGCUGACAAUAUGGCAUCUACAUCAGCUCGAAGCAUUAAGUCAGAACAUCAUGACUGGGACCUUGAGAGCACAGCCGUUCGUUGUCAGGUCCAGCUUUUUGAGCAGCCUUUCCACUGCAGCACCUUUCAUACAGACUCAGACGUGUACACCCAAGUAGACAUGACUGCCCUCUCUACCGAGAAACCUUUCAUUUGCAACAUUUGCGGAAAGGGAUUUGGUUUUAAACGUUACCUGGCGCAACACAUGAUCACCCACUCCACCGAGAAGCCGUACGCCUGCAGCAGAUGUCGGAAGACCUUCCGACGUCAGCAAGCUUUGCAGAUUCACAUGAGGUGUCACACGGGCGAGAAGCCGUAUUUCUGUAAAACAUGCGGGAAGAGAUUCUGUCAGAGUUCCGCACUCAGAGUUCAUUUAAGAGUCCACACGGGGGAGAAACCGUACCACUGCAGCAUGUGUGGGACUGAAUUUCGUAGCCUGCCGGUGUUAAGAAACCACAUCAAGAGGAGCCACGAAGCCAAGAUGCUGUAGGUGUCCUCAUGUCAGUCCCUCAAGGAUUUUGCUGGCUCUUUUUGUUAUUGUUGCGGCCUAAAAUGAUUUCCUAGCAACUUUUUCAAAAAGUUGCAAUGUUUUAAGACUUAAAAAAAAAAAAUUGCAUCCAUGAUUUUAUGAAUUUGUUACCAAUGUUUUAAAUGUUCUUUAUAAUAUUAUCCCCAUAAAGCACAGGAUUUCAAACAGUCUAAAAAAAUAUGAUUUAUUUGCUUAUUAAACUCAAGUGCAGAGCACAACUUUGAAUAUUGACAGCGAUUUACCGAUCCCCAACCCCCAUGCCACACAAAAAUGUGCUUUAUUCAGCCACAACAAAUGUUGCAUGUUAUGUGUCUAGACUGUUGAGGUUUGGUUUGUAAUUGUUUUUAUUAUUUUUGUUCAAAUAAACUACCUCAGUAAUGAAUGGUUUCUUCCAACAUGUGGUCACUGGCACACGUGGUUUAAAUUGUUGGUAGGAAUGUUUGAUAUUGGCUUUUUUGCUGAUUACCAAUAUGCCGAUAUUGUCCACCUCUAAAUUUCAACCGAUACCGAUAUGUGUAACAUCACAUAUCUUUCUUGAGUGAAAUUGUUCUAAAGUAACAAUACUCUUAAAUGAGUACAGUUGUUUUGUUGGCUAUGCCACCCAUCUCUGAGUAGAUAAACCAUGUUUUACAUAUUUUAUAUAAGACAGAUAAUACAUUUGUGUUCCUUGUCACUUGGUUUGUUAUUUUUGGAAAGAUUUAAUGUAUUUUUACUUGAAGAGUAUUGUUUAAAAUACAUGAAUUUGCUCAUUAUUACUAUUUUGAUUGAUAACUUUUAUGUUCUUAUUUUAGAUUCUCUUUUUAUUGCAUUAAAACUACUUAAUGGGAACAAUAAAAGUUCUUAUCUUAGCCAUUUGAGAAGAGCAAAUACAUUAUUUUUGGUGCCUAAGUGUUUCCCAAGUGUAUGAGUGUGUGUGUGAAUGUUUUAACGAGAGGCAUUAUGUUAAGUUUCUUUGUAGAAAGGCGCUUUUUGAAAGUAAGUACAUGUAUUUGUAUUCACUUACAGUGCAGCCUUGCCACAUCCAAUAUGGCGACGACGUUGACGUAAGGCUCAGCGAUCCAUGCUUCGUCUACGUGUAUGGUUUUGACAACAGCACUUCCUGUUCCCCAGCGUGCUUUGCUGUACUGUUUUUGUAAAUGUCUGCUAAAUUACACAUUUAGAGCUCACAUAACUUGAUUAUUUAGCAUUAUUCGUUGGUAGUGUCUUGUCUGUUGUUAUCCACUUAUUACGUUUCUGUGUGAUAUUUUUUUUUUUGAGGUCUUUCUGAGUAAGAACGCUAUGUGGAGUGAUGACGCCCCCUUCCCACAAUUUUUACGGACCUCGCAAUUUCGGUUUGAUGUCUGACAUUACCCUGCCUGCCAAAUAGUUACUGAUUCCUCCCAGCUUUGUGAGCAUCACAGUACUAAGAGAUGUUUCAAUGUUGUUCUUCUUCAUGUUGCAAUUUGUCGGCUUACAAUGAAACCUUCAUUCCUUCAUUGAUCAAAUGUAUUAUUAUUUAACACUUUAAAUACGCUAUCACACAUUAUGCUGUUGUGGAUUACUUAAACAAUUAUAGCCUGUGAUAAUCCAGUGUUUUCAAUAUUUUGUAGCAAAAAUGUAGACACACAGCUGUCUGUUAAGUCCCACAUUUGAUAGUCCAUGUCAGACCACAAACCAAGCGUGAAGUCAAAGGAAUUGUCUGUAGACCUCCAAACUCCACACAUGUUCCAACGGAGACUCAAACCCUUGAUCUCCUGACUGUGAGCACAACAUGCUAACUACGAGGCCACCGAGCGGCCUGAUAUAGCACUAAUAAUUAAUUACAUUUUUAGAAUAUGGUGAGGGCCAG